UUGUAAGCCGCCCUGAGUCCCCUCAGGGAAAAGGGCGGCCUAUAAAUGUUCAAUAAAUCUAAAUCUAAAUCUAAUUAUCCACACCCCAAACAUGAGACUUGAAUAUUUGGAACAUUGUAUUAUUUGUUGCUGCUUCUUCUUGAAAUAUAUUAAGCAGUGAUGUUUAUUGUGGUCUGGAAGAAGCAUGUUUAAAAUGAUUUAAUAUGGUCUUGGAAAGUAAACCUUUUCAUGAUCUAUAUGAAUUAAAGGAUGAUUAAGGACAAAUACACACCAUUUAUAAUCAUAACAUCAAUUUCAUUGCUUCACUUACAGCUAUCUUUUUUGUUCUUUUGUCAGAUUAUCAAUUUCUCAUAUUUUCACAAUGAGACAGGCCUGGGGUCAUUUCUUCCCUACACCUUGUAGUUGAUAGCUUUAGAUGUCGAGACAAUGCUGGCGUAGAUAUGGCAGAUAGCGUCAAGAUCUUCCUUAAUGAUCUUAUCAGGGGAAUUAAAGAUUCCAUAUGGGGGAUCUGCACAAUCUCCAAGCUGGAUGCUCGGAUCCAGCAGAAAAGGGAAGAGCAGCGGAAAAGAAGAGCAACUAGUGUGCUUGCCCAGCGAAGAGCACAAAGCGAAGAGAGGAAGCAAGAAAAUGAACCCCGGAUAGUAAGCCGAAUACUUCAAUGUUGUGCAUGGAAUGGAGGUGUAUUUUGGCUUAGCCUCCUCUUGUUCUACCGGGUAUUCAUCCCUCUGCUUCAGUCAGCAACAGCACAUGUAAUUGGUGACCCAUCAUUACAUGGUGAUGUCUGGUCUUGGCUGGAAUUUAUUCUCACCUCCAUCUUCGGUGCCCUUUGGGUCCUCCCCCUCUUUGUGCUCAGUAAAGUGGUCAAUGCCAUUUGGUUUCAGGACAUUGCUGACCUGGCAUUUGAAGUGUCAGGAAGGAAGCCGCAGCCUUUCCCCAGUGUCAGUAAAAUCAUUGCAGACAUGUUGUUUAACCUCUUACUGCAAGCUCUCUUUCUCAUCCAGGGGAUGAUUGUGAGCCUGUUUCCUAUUGAUAUCGUUGGGCAGUUAAUUAGUCUCCUUCAUAUGUCGCUGCUUUACUCACUGUAUUGCUUUGAAUACCGUUGGUUUAAUAAAGGAAUUGAAAUGCAUCAACGAUUAUCCAACAUUGAAAGGAACUGGCCUUAUUACUUUGGAUUUGGUUUACCACUGGCCUUUCUCACCGCAAUGCAGUCUUCUUACAUUAUCAGCGGCUGCUUGUUCUCCAUUCUUUUCCCUCUAUUUAUUAUCAGCGCCAAUGAAUCCAAGACACCAGGAAGAGCAUAGUAAGUACCCAUUACCUUUUAAAAACAUGUUUUUGUGAGUAAGGAGAGAAUUAUGGUCUACCUAAAAUUGCUGAUUUCUUUUUUCUUAAUGGUCUCACUAG